UCGCGUAACGACUGCUGACGCGCGCGCCGCGGACGGUGUGUACGCUGGGCCGUCGGCUCUCCUCUCCGCAUCGGGUUUAUAAUCGCCUUGGGAAUGCGACCGCCUCGGCCGUUCUUCUACCUGCGCCUGAGGACAUAGAGCGCGCGAACAAAGACUACCGGGCGCGAGUGGUUUCCCUCUUGGACGGCGGGAUCUCGGAAUUUUCGGGCCUGCGUUCGCCACCACGUGCGGUCUUCCAGAGGAAUUCUUCCUUUCCUCUCGAGGAGAGAGAGAGAGAGAGAGAGAGGGGGGAGAGAGAAGAGUCGUUUCAUCCAACGAGGGGUACGAAACGCGAGAGGUGUGCCGAGGAGUCGAAGCGCGACGGAAUACCGCGUCGGUCUUCUCGAUUCCGAGUGAAAAUAUUCACCCGACGAUUCACCGCGAGCGAGGAGGGGAAUUCGCUCCGUACGAGCGAGCAACCGCGCGACGUGUCGGGGUGAAGUGUCGCCCAAGGUGCUCGCAGAGGGUCGUUGCACUUCCUGCGACCGGCCUACGCGUUUGUUGUCGCAUCGUCGUGCCGCGCGACCUUUGCACCAGCGUUCCUGUUACUUUGUCGGCGUGGACGAUGUCGCCCGGCCGUGGGGGCGAUUCCGGUGAACGUGGAGCACCUCGGGGCGCGUGUCAUCCGUAUUUCACACGGCCGGUGUGAAGAAGUGAGAGAAGGGGUGGUGAAAAACGAAGGGAGAGCAAAAGUGUGUGUGGGCACCUGCGUUCGCUGAAAACGGCCGGCGAGAAUGAUCUUCACCGGUCGAUCGGUAGACGCUUUGGACGAUGUGCGAGCUGCGGGCGAUGCGGCCGAUCUCCACGCGGGGGGGCGUCGGGACAUGAGCGCCGUCGCGAUCGCGUCCGGGUGGUUCUCCAGUCUACGGAGACCCGGCAAGAAGAAGAAGAAUAAUUACCAGAAGCAGCAGGCGAAGAGCGCCUGGGACCUCAGCGGCUUGUCCACGCAACUCAAAGAUGAACUGGGCGAAGUCGUGGCGGAGAUGGAAGCGAUGGAGGGCGGCGGGCUCACGGCCGACGAGACGAAACCGUCCAACAAGGCCAAGCAGACGUCGAUCGGCCGCAAGAAGUUUAACAUGGAUCCUAAGAAAGGCAUCGAGUACCUGAUAGAGCACAACCUGCUGGCGCCGACGCCGGAGGACGUCGCUCAGUUUCUCUACAAGGGCGAGGGCCUCAACAAGACCGCGAUCGGCGAUUACCUCGGCGAGCGACACGACUUCAACGAGCGCGUGCUCAGGGCCUUCGUCGAGCUGCACGACUUCACGGAUCUCAUAUUGGUGCAGGCCCUACGUCAGUUUCUCUGGUCGUUCCGACUGCCCGGCGAGGCGCAAAAGAUCGAUCGCAUGAUGGAGUGCUUCGCUCAAAGGUACUGCCAACUAAACCCAAAUAUCUUUACCAAUACGGACACCUGUUACGUGCUGAGCUUCGCCAUCAUUAUGCUGAAUACAUCGUUGCAUAAUCCGAGCGUCAAGGAUAAGCCCAGUGUGGAGCAGUUUAUUUCGAUGAAUCGGGGGAUUAACAACGGCGGAGACCUGCCGCGAGAGCUGCUCGUGAGCCUAUACGAAAGCAUAAAAACCGAGCCUUUCAAAAUACCGGAGGACGAUGGGAACGACCUGAUGCACACCUUUUUCAAUCCGGACAAAGAAGGUUGGCUGUGGAAGCAAGCAGGCGGACGUUACAAGAGCUGGAAAAGACGGUGGUUCAUAUUGAACGACAAUUGCCUGUACUAUUUCGAAUACACCACGGACAAAGAACCACGUGGUAUCAUUCCGCUAGAGAACAUUCAGGUCCGCGAGAUUCAGGACCGACACAAGCCGCAUUGCUUCGAAUUGUACGCCGCCGGUUCCGAGUUCAUAAAGGCGUGCAAAACCGACAGUGAGGGGAAAGUCGUUGAAGGAAAACACACCGUAUACAGGAUGUCUGCAGCUACCGACGAGGAGAAGGACGAAUGGAUCAAGUGCGUGCGACAAAGUAUAUCGCACAAUCCCUUCUACGACAUGCUGGCAGCACGGAAGAAAAAGGCACAGAAAACCAAUGUACACUCGAAGAGUUAAGCGCUGCCAUGAGCCGGGUUUCGAGAGAAGCUCGGCGAAUUAGAAGACUGCUUAUUCGCGAUCCAACGUUACAUACAAACUGUAUCGUCGGAUACACAACCAAAUCGUACGAUGGACUCAAAAAUCCGUCGAGAAGGGGAGAAAAAGAAGGAGGUAGUAGAGCAGGAAAAAGAGCGAAAGCACGCCGAAAGCGUUCGAAGAAAUUCUGGUGGGCACCAGUGGACGCGGUGUCAUAGAGCAACGUGAUACGAGAUAUCGCCGCGCAGCGUGUGCUUGCAAUACGUAGAACACGACACAUUAAAGGUAACGUACGUCGUUUCGUAGACUGAGUGAGUACGGGAUACAGAAUUGACGUUCACGUGUAUCCCACGAGUGCGCGACAUUGAUAGCUAGAUGAAGAUUACAUUAACGAAGAGAACACACACGAGGCUGCUGCUGCUGCGAUUACACACGUGCUAAGCGCCGACGUGACACAACGUGUGACGCGCUCGAGCAUUGUAUUUGUAUAAAGAGGAUAUUGCUUCGGAGAGGCCUAUAGAUAGAUAUUACCAUGGAUUCUCACAUACGGACUGUCUACAAAGACGACUUCUUCCUUUCCGUUCUUUCGCCGUAGAGAAAAUGAGACCUACGCGCGGUGUCACACGGGACACAAGAGUCCGUGCGCACAAUGUAAGCGACAGUAAGUGAUACCUAUACCACGCCGGUUAAUUGACAGCAGAAUAGUGUGCGAGCAGAUGUAAUGUUUAUUUAUUCCAUCCUUUCGUCGUACCCCGCUGAGGGAGAAAGAGAGAGUGUCAAUAAUCUCGAGUGUUGUUAACGUUGUAAUCGCCCAAGAUAGACACCAUUAAUGUUCUCGGCGUCGUAUCUAGCAAUAUAAUAUCACGCGAGAUGCGACUUCUGUGAGGGGAGCUGUAGCAGCUAGGAGAACGGAACGAGUUUCAUUUACCGACAGCUCUUCCGGGAUCGUCAUCACGUUGAAGCUCCACCCAACCUUAGGAAGCUGGCGAGAGACGCUUUGAGAGAUUUUCUACGAGACACAAGUAGUAUGAUCGUUCCGUGUAAAUAAGAAAACCACGAUAUUCCCGCAAUCUCCGAUUACACGAGGAAGAAAACGAGUAAAGGCAAGCGCAACCGAUAGAAAGAUACGUUCAUGUGAUAAUUAUAUUCAUCGUGUAUUUAUUUGAACGAACACAUGUACAAAUGUAUGAAGCUCUGAGUGAUACGUUCUUAGCAUGAGACGCAGUUCUCUCGGACGUAUUCCUGCUUUAUAUAAUUCACGAAUGUAGCAUGAUUAAUCAACUGAAGUUCGGUUUGAUUCGUGAGAUACGUACAUACACAUACACACACAUGUACGAUUCAGUGUAGCUAUUAAUGCGCACGCUAAGUUCGAACGACAUUUUGCUGAGAGAUCUGACGGGGGGAGGGAAUCUGCGACUCGAUCGUUUUUUGUUUAAGAGGUGGAGAAUCAAAACACGAGUGAGAAGAGUGGAUUUUAUACGAGGUAUAUAUGUAAAUACGAAAGGUUUGCAAGGUCGUUGAUCCUGCGUAGCUCUCUUGCGUUAUUUCCCGGGGAGGAAAGUGAGCAUCGUGAUUUCGUAGGAGAAUACCCCCCGCGUGAGUGUGUUUCAUCUCUUGAAAUAGAACCUUCACAAUUCCUUACUUCGCGAAACUCCCCUUCUUUAGCACCCGAUGUACUAUUUGCGUGCUCAGCUAGUGAGAAAUUAGCGACAGAGAAGCAGGUGCCUUUGAGAUCGUCGAGUUAGUCGUUAUAGCUGACCCGUCAUGACACGAGCGACUCGAAGGACACUUUCCUUGGUUGCGUGCGAGGGAAGGCAGACAUCGAAAACGCCUUAUUAUGAUACGUUAGAUAAUUAAACGAGACAUUAGUAAUCGUAGAACAGAUAAUAAUAAUAAUUGGUGAUGAAUAGCGUGUACUUUUUUUAACGUCACACGCUGCACUCAAAGAGACGUAGACUUCGCUCGCCCUGUAAUCGCAAUGUUCUUUAACCAAUAAUAGAUUCGCGGAGAAGACAUUUUUAUAACGAUAUUGAGGACACACACACACACACCUGCCGAGAUCGCGGAUCUUUCGGUUUGCCCGGCGUUACAUUCACUCUCUUGCAUGUAGAAAGUGUUUUCGACACAUAUGUCUAGUAAUACUAAAUAUCUCACCGUGACAAGGUGUACGUUCAUUCUCGUCGAUACGUGACCUCGAGACGUUUCUUUCGCAGACGCCCUGCUUCCCGAGAGCCACAUGGACAAUAACACAUUGCGUUACAUCAGAGACCUAACCGUAAAAUUGUGAAACGCGUGGUCGAUAAGGUGAAAGUGUGUGAGAGAGAGAGAGAGAGAGACGAUUAUGUCGAGAAUUUUCUUUGAAAUCGGUUUGCGAAUUUUUAAGACUUCUUCGUGCGAUGGCUUGUUAAGCUGUCGUUGUAAUAUAUUCUGCGUCGGAUCUAAUUCAGAAGGAUCGAGAUUGAUUGAUUAUUUGUGCUAGUACAUAGAUUUUGUAUAACUCACGAGGAUAAUCGGACUAUCUCGUCCGUGUUUCGUCGCGGCACCUUUGAUGAGAAAACGUUUCGUGGAUCCAUGUGUGCGCGUACCAUAGAUUUAUCGACGAGCGUGGUGUUUCGCAGGUAUUUCGUAGUCACUCUCUGAGAAAUCGGUGACUGAUGUAAUUAUAACUUCAGUGAAACACGCCACGAUAAAUCUAUGAUACAUACUCGAACGAACGUUGUACAUAUAAAUUUCGAUAAAUCGUAAGCAUAGCUACAAUAUAUAUAUAUAUAUAAAUAUGUGCGUGUGUGUGUAUGUAGGAUAAAGUUACUUUGUCUCUUUUCUCUUGUAACUCGAUUUGUAAUUUUACUCUGUGUAUAUUUCGUUGUAAAGUACAAAGAUAACGUAUGCGUAAGGGAACGUUUGGAAUUCUGUAUUAGCAAAAUAAUUGAUCGAAUUUAAGGAUUGUAUAAAGAAACUGUACUUUAUUAGUAGAAAAUUUGUACAUUUUGUUAUAUAUUAUUUGAUAAUUAUCGUUAUGUAUACAUAAUGAAUCGUAUCGUGUAUUUAGAAGACACAAGUGUGUAUUUAAUUUAAAUGUAAUUAAUAAAUUUAUUUCUAGCAGA